AUGAGCAAGAAAUUCAAGUCUCAUGCCUCCAGUGCUCGUGCUGCUUCCGCAUCUGCCGCUGCCGCUGCCUUUGGCUCAUCCUCAUCCUCAUUUGGCUUUGGCGGCUCCUUCCAAACUGCGCCUUCGUCUCUCUCCUACAUAACCGAAUUUCCUGAUUUAAGCAGUAUCAGUGACCCCAAUGUGAUCGUCUCCCUGAGAAACUUGGGCAAAAAGGACAGCACCACCAAAUCAAAAGCCCUGGAAGAGUUGCAAGAAUACAUCACUUCAGCGCAGGUAGUCGAGUCCGGUCUACUCGAUGCAUGGGUCAGCCUAUAUCCCCGAACUUCGAUCGACAAUUCUCGGAGAGUGCGCCAACUUUCCCAUACUGUACAAGGUGCUCUGACUGUUUCGUCUGGCAAACGAAUUGCUCCGCUCCUGCCCCGGGUCAUUGGUUCUUGGCUUUCAGGUGCCUACGACAGCGACAAGGCGGUGGCUCGUGCCGCUCAGGAAUCCAUUGCUACCUCCUUCUCGACGGACGAAAAGAGGAGGGCUCUGUGGAAAGUGUACAAGGAUGCUCUUGUCAAGUACGCCCAGGACGCGAUCUUGGAUCAGACUCCCCAAACUCUAAGCGACGAACGUUCCACCAGUCCAGACGAUGCUGAAGCCAAAUUUAUUCGAGUGGUCGGGAAUGGCAUGCAUAUGCUGACUCAGACCAUCAAGCUCAAUUUCGAGGGUGCUUCUUCUGCACCUGAAGACGUUCGCGAAUUGGUGACAAACAAAAGACUCUGGGAAUAUGCCUACCAUUCGGAUCCGUCACUAAGGAGAGGAACAUACAGUUUGAUUGUUCUAUGCAUACGCUCAUUUCCUUCGGACCUGGAUUAUAAAAUCGUCAGUACGACCUUCGUUGGCAAAGCGCUGCACAUUUCCCAAUUGGGCUCAAGCACUCAACUCUCAGAGGCACUAUUAUCGUUGACCAACGUGCGCCCUGAGUUGUGGACCAGCGAUUACACACUCAAGACUUCCUCCUCGAAACGUUUGCAACAGUACCUUCGCAAUGGCUCCCAACAUGGCUUGGUGGCCUGGUGGAAGAAUACGGCCCUUCUGUUGAGGAAGCUUCCUUCGUCAAUCUUGUCACCCAACUCAGACGAUAGAGUUGUGAAUCAACAAGAUGUCUCUCUUAUUCUUGACUCGCUGAGAACCGGUAUCAGUCACCGUGACGAACCUCGUAAUAAUCUGGACACUGCAUGGAACGUCUAUGUUGAAACAGCUUUCUGGCUGAUAGACCAGUUGCCGAGUGCGGAGUCAAAUGAGCUACUCUUUAACGAGAACCUCCUACCCGUGAUUCUCCACUAUAUCUCUCCUAAUCCUCAGAUUUCGGCAUGGGUUGUUCCCACUCUUUCGGCUCCAAAGAUUUGUUCUCUUGCUCUUUUGGCUACACUUCAGCGCGGCCUUGUUGCGCUGUUUCGAACGACAUGGGAGAACAUCGCUCAAUCAAUCGCUGAUGGAAUGAGACUUUCGCUGCCAGAGUCCUCUGCGGAUUUCAAAAAGUCACAAGAUGCUGUCAUUGCAUGCACGCUACGGUUCUUACGGUUGAGAACUUUAGUACUUCAGGGAGACUGUCCCGCAGAUGAUACUCGGCCGCAACUCCUUGAAAUUUUGAGAGCCUCGGACGACUUCCUCACAGCCACAGCGAUCCACAUCCUUAAAGCGCGAAAUGGGAAACCAUAUGGCGCUGCGGCUUUCCUGGAGACGAUGAUAACCCAACCAGAACACUCAGAAAGUAGUUCACUGACCAAUUUCCUAGCUGCAGAUGUCCCGACUUUGAUUGACAGCCCUUCUGCUGAAUAUUUCAUUGGAAUCCAACUUCAAGCCAAGAAUAACCUCUCUCAAACUAUCUCCACCCUGAUCCAUCCAGAGUUGAAUCAGUACAAAGUCAAUGCGCUAGUGAGACUUCUGAGUCAAGCCUCAAGCCAGGAUAUAUCGCAAUCUGAUGAUCUUACUCAAUUCAUCUCCCAACGAAUUGUCGAACACUUGGAUGAAGAAGUUACUCAAGCGCUCACAAAAGCUGCACUGCAAAAUCCCAAACUCAAGGACUCGGAGAGUUCAAGUCUAUGGUAUGGCAGAUUACUGAAUCGCUUGCAUCAGGAGACAGACCCAAUGACGCAGCAUUCCACACUUGAGUUCAUGUCGAGCCUGCUACCAACAUCUAAUUCAACUCUUCCAACUCUCUCUGAAACCUCCGGAACGGCCUUACUCUCCAGCCUGCUAAUAUUAUCGGACUCCCAACAUACUGCGGUAGCCGAACUCUCAGCUUCACUGGCGUCUAAGCUUAGAUCAUUACCUUCUGUGGGCGAGUCGGUAAAUGCUGUUUCUUCGAAAGAAUUGAUCGCGGAACAAUUGUCAGGUGAAGGAGCUCCUCUGCCCAUCUUCACCGUUAUUGAUCUGGCCAAUGAAGAAUUUGGAAAGGCCAAGCAAGAAACUACAGCUUCAUAUCCCUCAAUCUUGCCAUCUAAAGAUCAAUGGUCUACUGCUCUAGAGCCCUACCUCUCUACGGCUCGAAAUACAUCCUUGGCCAUCACGAGCCCUCUUCAAGGUCUGCUCUUCCUGAUUGCACCAGACAUUUCUAUCACGAUCGCGACGCCAACGACUGAUGCGGAAGGUUUUUCCUUGUUGUUCCGACUUACUCUGUACACAACGAAAGUACUGUCCAACGCCACGAUCCUCGAGCACGUAUCCGAGGAGCAGAAGAUCUCCACCUUCCGCCACUACCCACUCGCUUUCCAGCUACUCAACGAAAAGUUUACUCUGGAUUCCGCGAACAAGUUAUGGCUAAAUAAUAGCCUGGAGAUUAUCGAUGAAGCAGCCGAUGUUCUUGCUCAAGGCUCGACACUACUUCAAGAUUGGUCACAAACGGAAGCUAUGGUUACAUUAUGGUCCGAUUUGAUUCAUUCCACGAGUAGCUUGAGCCCUCCUGCAUAUCUGGACGGCCUGGCCUUCACGGAUAUCAUGUCCAGACACAUCGAUGUGCAAGGUCCAGCGCCUAUAUUGACUGCUUUCGAGAAAGAUAUCGCAAAUGUACACCGAUCUACCAACCUGGUCCGAUCUGUAAGCCUUCUUUCAGCGACACACGACUAUCUCAUUGGCGCCCAGAAUGGUAGAAGAAUCCUCAACGAAUUGAUUGCCCUUUGCACGGAGCUCAAGACUUCCCAGGAGCCAUCGGUAACAGUCGGGCGUCUCGUACUGUUGAACACACUACUCGGUGGCAAUGCUGAUGCAUUGGAGACAAUACCCAAUCAAAGAGUUGUAUUCUUGAUGCAGGCAUUGCUUCGGUUACUCGGUGACACUUCGGACGAUACUGCUGUACAGUGUGAAGUGAUGAAGCUCCUGGACCCUGUCAUAUCGGCGACGGCUGACAUCUACGGCGACCACUGGGAGCAAAUCUUAGAUCAUCUGAGCAAAGUCUGGGUAAAUGACAAUCAGCAGGAUAAUCUUCCUCUCUUGCAUGCAAGUUUGAGGCUCUACGGGCGGCUGAAGACCCUCUCUAACGUCGAGGAUAUCAAUGAGGAUUUGUCUGAAGCCUGGGCAUCGAAGAAACCAGAACUGGAAGACGGUCUCAAGCAAUGUCUAGAGAGUUUUUCGGAAUCGGCACCAGGCAUCAAUCAACCCCGUCGAAUAACUGCCGACCUUCUAAGGAGGCAUAUUGUGCAAAUCUCUCCUUCUCAUGAUCCAAAGUUAUAUCUCCUGUUAUCGUCAGCAGAAGAUUCUGUGCGUGGUGCAGCGUAUGAUCUCCUUCACCGGUCAAUACCAAAAGAACAAGAAGGGAUUUCCUUGGAUCUGGCUUUGGAGAAAGUUGCCGUGCAUCUGCCAACAGACCUAACAAAUCUGUUGAUUGACACGCCCAGUCCAUCAGAACACACUCCAGCUACAGCCCGUCAGAGUUAUCUUCUGGCUUGGCAUUUGGUCUUUGACCAUUUCACCACCGCAUCGUACCAACUCCGAGAAGCUUAUAGCGUGGAUAUCAAGUCACAGAAUAUUCUCCCUGGUCUACUCAACCUGAUCUGUGAUGUAUGUCGCAUCACUAGUGGACGACCUUUGGACGUAUCUAAAGUUGAUGUCAAGUCCUUCGAGCCCAGCUCUGCCGAGACGGAACAAGCAGAAGAACAACACCUGGUGGUACACCUCUACUACUGCUCCCUUCUCUUCCUUCCUAGUCUGACGCGCAGCUGGUUCAUCGAGCAGAAAAACCGCGUUAAAACACCGCUGGAAACCUGGACACAGAAGUACUUCACCUCAACCCUGACCUCGACCGCCAUCGCGACCGUAACCGAGUGGGUGGCAGCUCAACCCCAAGACGACACCGAAGCAGCCAUCACCGUCAAAUCCUCCACCAACGGCUCCGAAGCCGUCGCAUCCAUCGCCGUUGACCCGGAGUCCCCACCCAUCUCUCUCGCCAUUACUCUGCCCAGCAGCUACCCUCUUGAGUCUCCCACCGUUUCAUCGCGGACACGAGUGGGUGUCUCGGAGAAGAAUUGGCAAUCGUGGCUGCGCACAUUCCAGAUCAUCAUCUUCAGCACCGGCAGCAUCAUUGAGGGACUCAUCGCAUUUAGACGCAAUGUCCAGGGCGCGUUGAAGGGCCAGAGCGAAUGCGCCAUCUGCUACAGUAUUAUCGGCACGGACAUGCAAACGCCAAAUAAGCGCUGUGGGACGUGUCGGAACACAUUCCACAGUGUCUGCUUGUUCCGGUGGUUCAAGAGCUCCAAUUCAUCGAGUUGUCCGCUUUGUCGGAAUAAUUUCAACUAUGCUUGA